UUUGGUGAACUCAUAUCAUUAUUAGCUUUUAUGUCUAGUUAUGCGUUUGUUGUGACUCUAGAGAUUUUUACUCCUUCGUACCUUGGAACACAGCUCCGCUAUAAAAGUCAAGAUCUAGUCCAUGCAGCUUACUCCUCGAAGUGGAUAGCUAGAACAGAAAGUUUUAAGCGAAGCCUUAAGAUUUUCAUGUUACGGACCAACACUCCUAUCGUAUUCAGCGGAUGUGGACUUUUUCCUUUAACCUUGGAUACGUUUACUUCGAUCAUGAAAAGCGCAUAUUCAUUUUUCACUAUAGUGAGAAAUUUUCAGAAUCACGAUAAAUAGUCUUGGCAGCAUUCUAUGUAAUACCCACAUAAUUUUUAGUAGAUUUCAACAUUAUUUCCUAUUAUUCUAAAUAAUAUCUGAUGUUUUUAAUAAUUACGUUAUUAUCUACUAACUACUACUAACAUAUAGGACUAAAACUUACAUGUAAAA